AUGUAUUUGCUUUGUGAAAUUGAGGAUGGAAACUUUGACAACUUUAUUUUGAAAAAUACACCACGACUGGAUGUAUACCUACCACCAGGAUCUACAUCAAAUACACUUCAAAGAAAACCCACUAAAACUGCACUAAGAAAAUGGUUAUAUUUGGACCAAGAAGUAAGAAAGCAGAUUAAGACAGAUCCAGUAAAAGCUUUAUCGAUUUUGGAAGAAAAUAGGGUUUUAAACGAAAAACAGAAGGCAGCUAAAAGCUUGGAAGAUGAUUUUUUCAAAUUGCAGCAGAAAAAUUUGGAAAUCCAAAAAAAACGGGCAAAGGAAUUGGAUGAAUUACAUUGUGUGAAAGGACAACUGGAUAAGUUGAAACAAGAUGCAAGCCGCCUUUGGAAGGAAAAAGAAUAUUUUAAGCGUGAAUUACAGGCUAAUGACAUUUCUGUUCUACAACAUCAGAUAGCAGAGGAAAAGGCCAAGGUUUUAGAACUUACGAAUAAAAUCCAAAGUCUUUCAAAAGAAAAAGAAAACUUGCUUACAAGACUAAGCGAGGUAGCAGGAUGUAAGCUGACGAGUAAUAAUCCUGCCAUUACAGACCUCAGUGAUGAAAAUCGUCCAUUUAAACUGGCAGAGAAAUUCAGUCAGUUGUACGACGACGAGUGGACGGACUCUCUCGAAGAAAUAACAAGUAUUGGAAUAGACGAGGAGACUUCUAUCAGCUUUCUACUCAAUGUUGUGAUGACUGCUUUCCAGUUGUGCUAUAGGCAGACAAUGCUUCUUAGUCUUAAAGACUGUCGGACUGUAAUGUGGUGUGAUAGCCCCAACUUGAAACGAAGUUCGAAGUUGAACGGACCAUUAAAAGAUGUAGUCACAGUGGACAAAGAGACUACAUUUCCUCGACACAGAAGAUAUAAAAAUAGAUUAGCUGAAUCAGCAAGAGGAGACUUUUCAAAACCUUGUUAUGAAAAAUAUAUUCAAGAGGGAUUCCUGCUUGACAAAGAAAGUAUUGAAGAGUUGCUCUUGGGGCCAAUAAAGCGAUUCGCGAAGACAGCCCAGUUUGCUGAUCACUGUGUAGAGUUGUGUUCGUCGAUGAGGUCAAUACAGCCACCCGUACAUCUCAGUGCCAGUAUUCCGGAGAAUAGAGAACUUAAACAUGAUGUCUUCAAGGCUUACACAAAAUCCGGGAAAGUCAUUGACUAUAUAGUUUGGCCUGCGAUGUACUUGCACGAAAAAGGACCCUUGCUGUCAAAAGGUGUGGCCCAACCAAAGUAAAACUUCUUGAAAUACUCUAUAAAUGAAUGUAUUUAUAACAUGUGCAAUUUGCUGAUAUUUAUCUUUCUAUACAUAUCAUUUCUUGUGUGCCCAUGUGAAUCAUAUUUUUGAACACAAUUAUCUUUAACCAAUGCAGAGAAACUAACAUCCAUUGCUUUGUUUUUGAAGUUUCA